AAAAUUCUCGCAAACCUAAUCUGAUCUGCCUCCUCUCCCCACCUCGACCCGCUCCACCUAGGGUUUCAGCCAUCCCCGGCGUGCCCCAUCUCCGGCGGCUGCUUCCCCGCCGCGAGCCCGUUCUCGGCAGCGGCUUCCCGUUGCGCGCGCGUCCCAUCCUCGCCGGCGCUUAGGCGGCAUCCCGACUCGCCCCCUUGAAGGAGGAGCCCUUAGAACUUGGGCACCUCGAUGGCCGACGGCGGCGGCGGCGGGGAGGCCGGGUCCGGUGGCUCGGCGCCGGUCUGCAGCUUCGUGAGGAAGCCGCCGAAGAACAUCCGGAAGCGCCCGACCGCGCCCGCGGGCUCCGACGACGACGACGAAGACGGGUCCGGCGCCAUCGCCGCCGCGCGCGCCAAGAAGGCGCCGUCGUCCACCAGCAAGCUCUUCUUCUCCUCCGCGGACGGCUCGUCGGAGCCCCGCCGGUUCCAGUACGAGUCGUCGCGGACGAUCCAGGCCUCCACCGACAGCCGCGCCACCGCCACGCUCGAGACGGAGACGGAGUUCGACCGCGACGCGCGCGCCAUCCGCGAGCGGCAGCUCAAGCAGGCCGAGGAGUCCCUGAAGAAGAACCCCUCCGCUCCUGCCUCCAGCUCCGGCUCUGGCUCCGGGGAGGUGUACAAGGGGAUCCACGGCUACACGGAUUACAAGGCCGGGUUCCGCCGGGAGCACACGGUGUCGUCGGAGAAGGCCGGCGGGUCGCACGGGCCGCUCCGCGCGUCGGCGCACAUCCGGCUCUCCGCUCGGUUCGACUACCAGCCGGACAUUUGCAAGGACUACAAGGAGACAGGGUACUGUGGCUAUGGCGAUUCCUGCAAGUUCAUGCAUGACAGAGGGGACUACAAGUCUGGAUGGCAGAUAGAGAAGGAGUGGGAGGAGGCGGAGAAGGCCCGCAAGCGCCGCAUCGCUAUGGGUGGGGAUGGUAGUGAUUACGAAGCAGGGGAGGAGGAUGACGAUGAUGAUGAAGAAGCGUUGCCCUUUGCCUGCUACAUUUGCAGGGAGCCUUUUGUUGAUCCAGUGGUCACGAAAUGCAAGCACUAUUUCUGCGAGCACUGUGCAUUAAAGCAUCACUCGAAGAAUAAGAAGUGCUUUGUCUGCAACAAACCAACACUCGGCAUCUUCAACGCGGCACAGGAGAUCCGCAAGAAGAUGGCACAAGACAAGAAGCAAUAGUGCCCACUGACAGUUGAAGAAUGUGACUUGUACGUUAGAGAGUUGAAGAAUCUAAAUGAUGUGGAAUUUUAGAUGACAAAGAAAACUACCAAUUAGUUUUGCAUUCUGUUUAUGUAACAAUAUCUGCUAGCCUACUCUCACUUGCUCGGUUCAGCUCAGCCUUUUGUAUGGCAAAUGUAUUGCUUCUGUGAGGAUGUGAAUUGUGCAGAGCCCAAAUAGAUGAGGCAAACAUAAAAGGUUCUUGAUUUCCUUAUCAGAUUGUUUGUUGCACGGUGC